CGUGAUCAAAGCACGGCAGUAGAAACAAUGCCCGUUGCAGUCAGCGCAGUUGAAACGGUGCCUGAUGCAGAAAACGCGGUUGGUUCCAGUUCCAACACACACGAGAAAAAGGGCGCACAGGUCUUCUUGGCUAAUGCUGCGAAACAGAUCGGCACAAAGGUAGUGGACAAGCUCGGCGACAGGAUCGCGGAAGGAGUUGUGGAGAACCACCAGGAGGAGGUAGUGAACGGGCUGAAGGACUACUUUUCCUCCCAACUGGAAGACUUCGACAAGCAGUACCAAGAGGCGCUACAGUCAACAGGCAAUCUGGCGGCAGGCUUGGAUCGACCCGUUGAAGAGGCUGACAUUCGGGUGAUCCCGUACGGCAGAGGGGAUGACAUGGGCAACACCUUCGUGCCAGCAGGCUACGAGAUCAGCCACAGAUAUCAGUAUGCUGAUGAAGAGGAGGACGAACAAGACGCCACGGCACCGAGCAGUGCGUACAGCUACCCGACCGGACUCGGGCCUGUGAUGAUGAACGGGUGUUUCGGGACCGCCUAUGAACCGGGAGACCCUUGUUAUGCAUCUAAGAUACCACAGACGAACUGCCCGAGUUUGAUUGACGGCGCGACGUUCCUGGGUGUUGGGUUUGACGGGAGAGGAGAGUACUCAGCAGACUCCAGGAAGAGAAGCAUCAUACAACGGUCCUGCAACAACCUCCAAACGUACGAAGAUUACGAGGUGCCCGACUCCAUGACAGUCCAAGGCGUUUACGACACAGACGUCGAGUCCAACACCUUUUCCUCCAUGGAGGGAUACAGGCAGUACCUGGAACAAAAGUCCGCCGUCACUUCAGCCACAGCCAUGUUCCAAGAGGAGCUGAACAAGGCGUCCGGGUACGGCGCAGGGGGAGGAGCGUUCGGACUUGGUUGGUCAGCGGGAGGAGGAUCAGCCAAUCAGAACGGUCAACGCUCCGAGUCGUCGAACUUCGAAGCGCGUUCGAGAGCUAGAGGCGGGGUGGCCGAGAAAAACACACAGACGUUCAUGGCAAUGCUGGAGAUCAAUGUACUCAGGUACGAAAUCUUCAUGGACGACGUGAAGCCUGCCGACCUAAACCUGGCCUUCCUGUGGGACUUCCUGAGGCUUCCGGUGUCUUACUUCUCCAUUGGCGCUGACACCAAGUUCCAAAACUUCAUUCUUCGCUACGGAACUCACUACAUUCAGUCGGCAAAGUUCGGCGGACAACUGAAGAUCAUCAAGACCAAGGAGGCCAGCUCGGACCUCUCAGUCCAGGCGUUCUCGGAGAGAGCUCAGACGGACUGGAAGAAGACAUUCAGCACCUUCUCUGCAGAAGCCAGUAUGACCAAGUCCAGCAGCUGGUUCCACAAGCAUGAGACCAAGGAGGAAUCCGAGAAUUCUGAAGGAGAGGCCAGCCAAGACACAGAGAAAACGUCACAAGAUUCUCAAACUGAGCAGACGAGUUCGUUCGAGUUCAGUAACGAGUUGAUGGUGGUCCAGGGAGGUGACCAGCAGAUCGCCGCAGCCAUCACGGAGAUGUACACAUCCUCCCUCAACACGGAGCUCAAAGCAUGGCUCGACUCCAUCAAGGAUUACCCGAAAGCCUUCUCCUUCGUCAUGAAGCCCAUCACGGCUGCACUGGACAUCAACUUCGACUCGCUGUUUCCCAAUGGUGACGUGGACUUCGGCUGUCUGGGACAGAGUGACCUGGAAGUGGAAAGUGGAACAGGCCGACACUACUAUAUCCAGGAGACGACUGUGACAACGGCUGACAACGAGACUCGGGAGUAUCCGAGAUUCGUACUGUCAGCAUCCAGGGCCUGGUGA